AGUUAGGUUGAGCGGGUUGUAAAACUGCAGCUCACUUAGAUAAGAUUGUAUGAGGAAAUUUAUCUCGAACACGUUAAAGGUAGAACGUAGAUAAGUUAGUAUUGUUAUUUACGUGGAACAGAUCAUUGAACCUUUAAUGUGUUGAAGUGACUGGCGACUGUUUGUCUUUUCAUUUUCAAAAAACCUGCAGGCUUUCAUAGUCUCCAAAUCAAGGCUUACUCCUUGUCUCCAAAAUGACUGACUCUCAGCCAUCUGUACUUCUCAACACUGGGACUCGGAUGCCUCUGUUGGGACUGGGCACUUUCCGUUUACAGGGUCAAGAGGACACUUAUAAUGCUGUGGAUGCUGCUUUGACAGCUGGUUAUCGUGCCUUUGACACUGCUGCGGUGUACCGUAAUGAAGCACAUUUAGGUCAUGCUCUUCGUUGCCUGCUACCAAAGCAUGGCCUAUCACGAGAUGAUGUUUUUAUUACUAGCAAACUGGGUCCCAAAGAUCAGGGCUCCAAAGCCAGAGAUGGAUGCUUGAGAAGCCUGGAGCAGUUGGGAUUGGGCUACAUUGACCUAUAUCUCAUUCACUGGCCAGGUACGCAGGGGCUGCCAGUGGGGGAUAAGCGAAACCCUGAAAACCGUGCUCAAAGCUGGACAGUUUUGGAGGAGUUCUACUCAGAAGGAACAUUUCGGGCCAUUGGGGUGUCUAAUUACACAGUAGAUCACAUGCAGGAGCUGCUGAAGAGCUGUAAAGUGCCCCCAGCAGUUCUUCAGGUGGAGUUCCAUCCAAAGCUGGUUCAGAAGGACCUGAGGGCACUUUGUAAGGAAAGAGGGGUAUGUUUUCAGGCAUACUCGUCUCUCGGAACAGGCCUUCUACUAUCGGACCACUUGGUUCUGGAUUUAGCAAAAAAGUAUGGGAGGACGUCAGCUCAAGUUUUGCUGAGGUGGGCCGUACAACAGAACAUUCCAGUACUGCCAAAAUCAUGUCAGCCAGAACGUGUGGAGGAAAAUGGGCGCCUUUUUGACUUUGACAUUAGCGAGGAGGACAUGGAAAGGCUCUCUGCUCUUGAUUGUGGAGAGAAGUUCUGCUGGGAUCCAAGACAAGUGUCUUAAAGAAAACUCAUUGACAAAAACACAAUAUAUUUUUGACUUACAGAAAUUGCAAAUUGUACAUCUUUACAAAUUUAUGUCCCACAGCAUAAUCUACAUGUCUCUUGCUGCUGUACCUUUUGUUUGACCAUUUGGACCACAGUACUACUAUAUUGAACCAGACUUAGAUAUUCUCAGAGAAUAUUUAGUUGGCUAACUCUGUAAUGCUGGCAAAAGUAUUUUUUUAAAUGUAUGUCUAAGUUCAACCUCUGUUUACAAUUUUUGGUGCAGCUCAGAUAAAACAAAGGAGUAGAGUAUGACUAAUGCACAAGUAAACAACUGCAGUUUGAUAUGUUGCCAAAUUCUGUUACAUGAAGAACAGUACUUAUAUUUUACACUUUAGAAAGAAGAACAACCCAUGCUGAAAGUGAUUUAUUAGU